CUCUCUCUCUCUCUCUCUCUCUCUCUCUCUCUCUCUCUCUCUUUCUUUCGCUCUCUCCUUCCCUUUGAAAGAGUAGUGGUCGCUCUUUGUAUUCCGGCUCUGGGUCGCGCGCUCUCGUGCACGCGCGUUAGGUUAGUUUCAGCACCGCGCCGGAGUGGACAGCUCCCUCCAGCCUCUGGAUUCAACCGGUGGCAGCUUCAACUCAGCCGCGCCUUCACACUUUCCACGCGCAGCAAGACACGCGCACACACACGCACGCACGCACGCACAUACGCGCGCGCACACACACACACAAGCACGCAUAUACACACGCGCAUACGCACACGCACGGUGCACCGCGGGCGAGCCGGAGCGCGCGACGGGAUGCACUGAAACAGGUUGGAGAACGGAGAACCGGAGCGGACUGGGGAGAGAGCCGGGCUUUAGGGAGCCGGGGAUGCUGGUGCUGAACUGAGGCAGGCAGAGCGCGAGGACUGCAGCGCGUGGAGGAGGAGAAAGAAGAAGAUAAAGAAGAGGAGCAGCAGCAGCAGCGCGUGGAGGAGGAGGAGGAGGAGGAGUGGUGGUGGCGCGGUGCUGCCGAGGAGCGCAUCCAUUCACCAGCAUGCUGGUGGGCAAUGCCUGUCGACAGAGAGGCCGGGAUUUGCCAGAAAGCUCUGGAGCUGCUCACGGAUCUCUGCUCUAAAGGGGAGGUGCAGAACGAGAACUGCCUGGACUUCAUUUACUAUUUCCGAGACCUGGCCAGACCGAGGUACUCCGAGUCAGAUGUAUCGGUGAGCCUGCUGUCGCUGGUGGUGACCGCCUGUGGCCUGGCCUUGUUCGGCGUCUCUCUCUUCGUCUCCUGGAAGCUCUGCUGGAUUCCAUGGCGCGAGCGAGGCCUCUCCUCUCCUGGCACCAAAGAGAGCCAACCGGACCCUCACUCUCACCCCCACCCUCACCCACACCCCCACCCUCACCCGCCUCCCCCGCCCCUCCAGCCACAGCCCAUCUACACAGAAGUGGAUGCCACUCUCGACCGCCGGAACCAUCCGCGAGGCUCGGUGGUUAAGGAGACGACGGUGCCGCCCACGCCGGUCUCUCCUCCAGCGCCCGCGUCUCCUCCACCUGUGCCGGUACCCGAGGCAGCCCUGAAGAUCAGCCACACUUCACCAGACAUUCCCCUGGAGGCGGAGUCCAAGGCCCGGGAGAACGGUGUCUAUGGCAACAGCCGCAUUCAGAGGCAGAACUCGGAGACGUCGUCCACCUGUGUCCGGCAAAGUUCUAUCCGGCGUCACAUGAACCAGUCCAAUCCCGACUUCAUGGUAGCUCAGUUCCAGAGGCAAGACUCUCUGACGGGGAUGAGUCUUGGCAGGCUUAAACCUGAGUUGUAUAAGCAGCGCUCUCUGGACGGCGAGGAGAACCGAGGCGGUCGAGGUGGCGCGUGCGGUCGCCUCCAUUUCAUCCUGAAAUAUGACUGUGAUCUGGAGCAGCUCAUCGUCAAGAUCCACCGUGCCCAAGAUCUUCCAGCCAAGGACUUUUCCGGCACCUCAGACCCCUACGUUAAAAUCUAUCUCCUGCCCGACCGCAAGACCAAGCACCAGACCAAGGUGCACCGCAAGACUCUGAACCCCGUGUUUGAUGAGGUCUUCCUCUUCCCUGUGGCAUACGCUGAACUUCCCACGCGAAAGCUCCACUUCACUGUUUAUGAUUUUGACCGUUUUUCACGUCAUGACAUCAUUGGACAAGUGGUGGUGGACAACUUCCUGGAUCUGGUAGACUUUCCACGGGAGACCAAGCUUUGCAGGGACAUCUACUAUGUGUCCUCGGAUAAUGUGGAUCUGGGGGAUUUGAUGUUUUCUCUCUGUUACCUGCCCACUGCCGGUCGACUGACUAUUACUGUAGUAAAAGCACGCAACCUGAAAGCCAUGGACAUUACUGGAGCUUCAGACCCGUAUGUGAAGGUUUCUCUAAUGUGCGAAGGCCGAAGGUUAAAAAAGAGGAAAACGUCCACCAAAAGGAACACCCUGAACCCUGUUUAUAAUGAAGCUAUAGUAUUUGAUGUCCCUCCAGAGAAUAUUGAUCAAAUUAGUCUUUUAAUAGCUGUGAUGGAUUACGAUCGUGUAGGUCACAACGAGGUUAUAGGUGUGAGCCGGGUGGGUAACGAUGCAGAGAGUCUGGGCAGAGACCACUGGAAUGAGAUGCUCACGUACCCUCGCAAGCCAAUCGCUCGUUGGCACCCACUUGUAGAGUACCAGGGGUCCACUGGAGGAAGCCAGACAGGGUCCUGCAACUCCCUCAGGACUCCGCCCUCUCCGUAGAGAAAUUCCUGCCUCGGUCUAAGGCGUUUGAUUGGGCAGUGGCUCCACCCUGAUAUCUGUCAGGCCGGACCCGGAGCUGCUGACGUGUGGAGGAGUCUCACUUCUAAAGAAAAAAAGGCCUGGAACACGGUUCUGUUCAACCUGUGCCUCUGGAAGCCCUUCCUUGCAUGGGAACACUGAUUGUUUCAGCUGCAUGUUGAGUGGUCACAUACUGUAUGGUUAUUUUUACACAAAAUAUGGUGAUAUGAAAAGAGAAAAAGGGUGUCCUUAGUAAUGUUUUAUUUAUUUAUUUAUUUAUUAUUAUUUUUUUAAGUGUUAACAAUGUUACACUGGUAAUAUACAUGCUUAGGUUCUAUAUACACAUUUCACUACCACUUUUUACGAGUAUUAAUUUGGGCUGUUAUGUUAUGACCUUGUUUAGGUCAAGCCAUAACAUAAUAAAAUAACAUCUGUGCCCUCCCAGUGUUGCGUUCCCCAAUAGAACGUAAACCAGUUGCAAUGAUAAGACAUGUUAAUUGAUUUUAAUUUUAAGGCUUCAAAAUAUGUCCAGUAUAAAGAAUAAAUGGAAAUAGUGUAAAAAGGGGAAAAUAAUAAAAAAACAAAUCACAUUUAAGGCAUUUAGCAAAGGCAAAAGUGACUUACAGGGUUAUUUCUUUUACAGAAGUGGGCCAAUAUAGUGUUGGGAGUCUUGCCCAAGGACUCUUAAGGGUGUAGUGCAGCAUUCAUUCACCCUGACUGGAAAUGAACCCUAGUCUCCCACAUGAUGUGGUAGCUCAUCCUGUGGCUGGUAGUGGUGUUAUCCACUGCACCACAAGAGAUAAAAAAUAUAAAGGAUAAAAAAUAUAAAGGAUAAAAAAUCACAAUUAAAUAAAGUUUACCCUAUUCCGCCCAUCAAACUAAGAUAACAAACAAACAAACCUGAUGAGCCACCACUUUUGGAUCAAAUUUAAGGUAUAGGCUACUAAAACAACAACUCAACAAUACAAACAUAGCCAUUCUUAUGAUAACACCAAUAAACACAACGAUAACCUCUAAGCUGUUAACAAUCACAUCAUUAAUCCUUACCAAAAUAUAGCUAGUUAGCUCUUUUUAAGCGCUAUAGGAGGAAUAAUUGUUAAAUAAUAAAUAAUAAAUGGUUAAAAACAUGGUUGCUCCCAAAAGGAAGUGUCAGAUUGCAAUACAAUUUGGAAAGAAGACAAAAAAACAAUAUAAUAAGAUAACAAUAUAACAAAAGAUAACAAGAUAACAGUAAAUUACUACAAUUUAGACUGUUGUGGGCAACUUUUGGUCAUAUACAUUGAGCUACACAUGCAGAUGUAGUGUGUAAGGCAGCAUUUAAGACCUCUCAGCAUGGAGUUGUAGAGGUUCCUAAUGGUGUCCCGCAGUAAUCCACCAUCCAGUUGAAAUAUUCACAGACUAGGGCUGGAUUGUUAAUAGCAUAUCCAACAUUUCCAAUAGCAUCCCAUAUAUUUUUAGUCGGACGCAGGUUUGGACAUAGUAUCUGCGUCCUCAAGGCAUUUUUUGAGAUAUCAGCAGUGUGUGGAUGAGCAUUAUCCUGUUGGAAUAGUGCACAAGAUUGUUGACUCAUAAAGCGUGGGACCAAUGGUUGCAGGACCUCAUUAACAUAACGUUGGGCUGUCAAAGUGCCUGUAAUAAAGAGCAAAGGUGAUCUGGCAUUUUACAAAACAGGAUAUUAGUGAUACAAUAUCACAGAUCUUGUCUUUAAUUCAUUGGUCAUCAUCUCCACGAUGACAAAAGUGGGAGUUACUCCAUGAUGGUCUGGCGUGACAACCCACCAAGUUGCAUUCCUGUUGAUUAUAUUAUUAUGAGUAUAUAUUGGAGACCAAUGGCAAAUAAGCAUCUACGUUAAAGAAAAGAACAGGUAUUUAAAAAUAAGUCACAUAUAGUUUACUUGCUCAAACUGGCAGUAUAUCCUCCUGUUUCAUGUUUAAAAAAUAAGAAAAAGAAAAUUUUAGAACCUAAACAUUUCUAUUACAGUGUAGUAGCUAGUCUCAAAUGUAAUAGACCCCUCCCCUUCACACACACAAAACAAACAAAAAAAAACUGAUGACCACCAAUCAGGCAGGGUGAUGAGGGAAAGAGUGAGGGCUAGAAUACGCCUCAUCUGAUGCUCAUGUAGUCUGCUAUUGCAUCAUUUCCAACUACUGGCUCAGAACAGCUCAGUCAGAACUCUACCACAAGCUCACUUUUGCACUGGAAUUAGUGCUCUUAUAAAAAAAAAAAAACAUUCUAGGUCACGAAGAGCAUUUGUAUGGGUGUCUAUAAGCUUUAUUUAAUUAAGCGUCUCUUUUUUUCAGUAUAGUCUUGGUUCCUGUUUCUUGAAUGGAUAUUGUAGUGUGUGUUAUUGUGUCAUUCGUAGCUCUUGAGGACAUAUUUUUCCCCGGACAUCAUUCCUCGGAUUUUUCUUUACGCAAAAGUGCAUGAAUGUGUGUUUUGGUGGGGUACAGUCUGAAACAGUUUUGUCAUGAAAAUAAUGUGUGAAUUCCGUCAUGAAACUGUUGCUGCCAUUUGCUGAUGAUUUCUUUACAGACUUUGCAAGUAAAAUGUAAUUUCAUGUUAAUAAACACACGUUUCUUAGAAAAA